GUCAAUUUAACAUUAGUAUUAAAUUUUUAAGUACAUCGGGCGAAAGUACGGUUACAACAGAAGUGAAAUAUCAUGAUAAAUAAAUAAUCACCAAAAAUCCCAAUUGUGGUAUUUCAGGAACAAUCGCUCACGGCACGACCUGACGAAAAUAAUAGGGACAAUUGGUACAAAAUUUAUAUAUACCAAAGACAAAACGAGAUAGCAUAGCAAAGGUUUCGCAAAAUAAAAAGAAAGCACAAUAGAUCAUAAAAGAUUUAAGUAUCGCAGCGGUGCAGAAGGGCUCUAUGUGCUCCACAUCAGCUUCAGCGAAUGGUACUUUAGUUUUCAAAAAUAUUGUGUCAACGCAUCAAAGGAGGAAUUCAACUGCAAAUUAUAACCUUGGUAUACGAAAGAGGCAAAAUGCGCAACGAGAUCACUGCAGCAGUACUAUUCUUAGUACAGCUGAUAGAAAAAAACGAAAAAUUUAGUUCUGAUCAAUUGGAAUGUUUCAAACGACGUUUGGUCGAAUUACUGACGGAACGUUUUAAAAAUCAUUGGUUUCCUGAUAAACCAUUCAAAGGUCAAGGUUAUCGUUGUAUUCGUGUAAAUGGUCAUAAUCGGAGGGAUGCAACUUUGGAGAGUGCUGCUACAGCUGCUGGAGUUAAAUACGAAGAUCUGUCAUUGCCAGUAGAAUUAACACUUUGGGUUGAUCCUAAUGAGGUGUGCUGCCGAUUUGGAGAAAGUAAAGGAUCCUAUUGCACACUUGCAUCAUUUGAUGAUAAAGAAAACACUGUACCAAUUUUUCAUGGAAGCGAGGAACGUGAAAAUAAACAAUCUGAGGGGCUGACUAAGAUACAGAAAUCCCCUUUGACCGCAAAUGCAGAACAACAAAAAUCGAAACCAUUAAGCUCUGCUAAUCAAAACCAACAGCAUAGCAAUAAUGGUACAGGUAGGAGACGCAAUUUGAACAGUCCUAGGCUACAUAUUAAUAGAAAUCGCACGUGGUUCGGUCACUCCUUCAGUAUGGGUUAUGGUCCUCACCCAAUAAGUCAUCCGUGGUAUAACAUUAUGCCCCAUCACUUUUUGGGUGGUCCAUCACCACCUCCUUUUAUGGGUCACCGUGGUAAUAAGUGGAUUCACCCACCCUCCUAUCCUACAGGUCCUGCCCGUUUCCACCAUUGGUCACCCAAAGCUGCUCUUAAAGUAUAAACAAACCCUCUUUAUGAAAAUAGUUAAAAAAUCUGUUCCUUCAUAUACAAAAGAAAAGUAUAAAAUUGUUUUGUCGAUUAAAAAAUUUUAUAUUUCUAUCUAAAAAUAAAUAAUAUUAGUAAAAUAAUAUUGUAAUAUGAAUUGUAUAUUAUUGUUUGCAUUACACUCGUGAAAAAUUGAAUAUUAUCGUUUUUAUAUUAGGAACAGAUUUAUUAACGUUUCUGUGACGAAAAUUAUCCAUUUUGUAAUUACAAAUGACCUUGUUCGAAUUACGACUAAGGCUUACGAUUUUUUAUGAUGAGAAAUGUUGCAUUAUUACAUGUUAUAUAUAAAUAAUUAAUUGGAUGAUAGAUGUUUAAUUCCGGAUGCAAGGUUGCUUGUAAAAUAUUAGAUUAGUGUGAAUUUAACUAGAACGAAUUAAGUCAUUGAUAUGUGAGACAUAAAAAUGAAUGUUAUACCACUUGUGACACUUUUUCUGAUUAAUCCUCAUAAAAAGGAUUUAAUAAAUGAUAGGUCGCACAUAUUUCAGAAGGGAGCAGUAUUGAUUUUAAGCGGGUUUCCAAAAUUAAAUACAAUUGCUCAUUAAAUUGAACGUAAUGAAUUUUAAUGCCUUCAUAGGCGACCUCAGUUCAUUAGUAAAUAUUUCAUGUAUCAAAUUCUAUAAUGUAAUAAAAAGAGAGAGUUUUGAAUAACUUUUUCUUUGGUGUAUAUAUAAAGUAUAUUCAUAAUGAUUAGAGCUUCAAAAUUUUCUUCACUUUUUAAUAUUGUUAUAGUACAAUACAGAGAUAUAAGAAAUUUAGCCAUGUAACCUGCUAAUUUGUUGAGGUAAUGAUGUCCUACAACAAUGUUGACAAACUAUGUAUAUUUUGAAGUUCUAGUAACAGUGAUUUGAAAAUGAUCUUUGACAAGUUCAAAUCAACAACUUUUUUUUAUUGUACAUGUGUAUUAUUAUAUUGCGUUAACGAGUAGGAAAACGAUAUCUUAUUUGAUUUCACAAGUUUGUGGUGCAGAGAAAUUUAUAAUAUUGUUGCUUCAAAAAAGCACACUGUACCUAUUACAUAAACAUACUGCCUCCAUAGAAAUUCUAUAGCUAAUCAAUUAUACUAGAAUAUUACUAAAAAGUGCAUGAAUUUCAUGGUUAAUGUGCAGUUACAAACUUUUUAUUUUAAUUAUGCUCAACGUGAAGAUAAAUUAAGCUUAUGUUUUCAAAUGAAACUAAUGAAAUUUAGCAUUUAAGAAUAUAUAUCAUUGAUGUUGGUAGUUCUAUAGCACAUUGGAGUUGAAACUUUAAUUCUGUCAUACUAAUGCUAAUGUCAUGUACAUUCAAUUCUGUAUAUUGUAGACAAUUUAUAACACCACAGUAAUUUAUACUUACUUAAACUAUUUCUUCUUGCUUUGUUAACACGUACGUACGCGCCUUAUCUGUAUUCGGGACUUAGAUAUGUCUGAAGGUUUCAGAAAACAAAUAAUACAAAUAUAGGUCUUCAAUUGUCAUUUUAUAUAAUAUUUGGAGUGUGGAAAGUUAAUUUGUUAGUAUUUUCAUACGUCAUUGUUUACUAUAUAAAAAUAUACUUUAUAUAAAAACAUGUAUCGCAAUUAGCAAUGAAACAGUUUUUUUUUUAUUAAUAUAUUUUAAUAAUUUCCAUUACUUGUUUCCUGAAUCUUUCACUCACGCAACACGAAUGUUUUAGUAUUGUUAGUGCCUAAAAUGUGCAAUUUCUUUAAUUUAUAUAAUAACAUAGACUUACUCAUAAAAGUAACUACCACUUUAUAUGCGUGAGAAUUUAACGUGAGAGUUACUUUUAAGAAUUACGUUCAUGCAAGUAUGUUAUCGUUUCAUUGGCGCGGAAAAUAUUAAUUCUUAUGAAAGAUAUAUAGUAUGCAGUAUAUUUUAAUGACACAUAACUAAUUUAUUUGGUUGAAAUAGUUUAAGAAUUUUUCAGUUAAUGUUUCAGAGCAUUAAAAUUAACGACAAUGUGACAAAUUUUUAUUAAAUGGCAUAAGUGUUACCACCUGUUAGAUAUAUUUAUACAUAUAUAAUGAGAAUUUUACUAUCUCUAAUACAAAUUGGAAUAUUGUUGUCACUAGAUAAACUUAGUGUCUUUAGAUAAAUUUCUAAAACUAUAACCAGCUACAACAUAAAUAUUAUUGAAUGGACUGUAUUAGAGAAAAUUUUAAUCAAAGAUAUAGAAUAAAUUUGCAAUUUUCAUGUUUCACGUUUAGAAUUAUUUAAUGUAUGCAUGAAACUUGCUCUAUUAUAUAUAAUUUUUGUGUUCAAUUUGUUGAAACUUAUUCAGGAGUCAUUUUGUUAUAAAAGAUAUGAAAAUUCUAUAUGAAUAUAGAUAUUAUAGUGUAUAUGUAGAAUUAAGCAAUGUUGCAUUCGGACAUAUUCUUUUAUUAAUAAAUAUGAUGCUCAACAUUUGAAAUGUUCCAAACUUUUUAAUUGUGUUCAUAUAUAAAAAAAGAAAGAAAUGUUUUAUGCUCCAUAUAAUAACAUUUUCACACAAUCGAAAAUGUUCAGGAACAAUUUUUUUAUAAGGAAUCUAUAUUCGAAUAUCAUGUGAUAAAGUACAUAGUAUUUAAUGAACCUCUGCAUACUUGAUGAACAAAAUUACAUAAAACUUCAGACAAAAAAUAUAUUCUCUUUUAUACAAAACAUUCUUUUAUACCUGUAAUUUCUUAAAUACGAUAGAUAGAUGUUAAAAUUUAUAAGUGAAUAUAGUGCUUCGGUGCGGGAAAUUAGCGUUUUUUACAUAAUUUUUAAAAAUUAUAGAAACAAGUUUAGAUAAUAUUCAAGGAGAAAUUAAGAUUUUAAUUUUCAAUUUAAGUGUAGUUUUUUUUUCUUUUUUAUGACCAAUAUGUAGUCAAAAUUUUAAUAUUUCAUUAUUGUACAUUCUCUUGUUAUGAUUGUACUUUACAGUGAUGUAAAAGAACAAUUUAUGAAAAGAAAAGCAAAUUUGUAUUGGGGAAAAUUUCAUAGUACAUUAUCUUAAUGUUUGGAUCAUUUCGAUUGUAGGGUAAGGCACUAUAUAAGCGUAUACAUAUAUUCUACCACUGCUGUGUCAUAUGUUAUAAGAAUAUUUCAUGCAUAGUUAUGCAAUGAUGACUAUAAUCCUGUUCUACAACCAUACUGAUCUUCGCAUUUUUUCAUAACUUCAAAUAUAUAUCUCUGUUCAGUACUUUGUUUCGUGUUAUCCAAUAAAAGAUAUAUUACACAUUCAAGCAAAAUA